AUGCGCCGGUGUUCUUGCAGACGGCUGCUGUUGGUCUCCCUACUGAGCGGAUUCAUUCUGAAUCUCCUUUCACUAUACUUUUACCGGAGAGGGAACACGUUACUAAAGUACUGGAAACCGGUCAAACUGAAGCCAGGUGACCAAAAGCCAUAUGCCACCCUCGCUCUGUCAGAGGAGAACUCAAGUUGCUGGAGGAUCAUCAUCGGUGAUCAAGAAUCGAUCGAAAAGGCUCUUUUGAAGUCCACAGACAAGUACCGAGUCCUUACUGAAAUCUAUUACUUAACGAUGACCCGAGACUGCCCUUCUUUGUUAAGCCGUAAAUACAUCACGUUCCCUUUGAGCGAGGAGGAACGCGACUUCCCCCUGGCCUACACCAUGCUGAUCAAUGAGAACAUCGAGAUGUUUGAGCGGCUCCUCAGGGCCAUCUACGCCCCUCACAACCUGUACUGUGUCCACGUGGAUAGGAAAUCCCCAGAGACAUUUCACUCGGCUGUCCGCGCCGUCGCGUCCUGCUUCCGGAACGUCUUCGUGGUCGGAAGAUUGGAGACGGUAACGUACGCCUCGUGGUCCCGGGUCCGGGCAGACUUAAACUGCAUGGGAGAGCUGCUGGCGAGCCCCGUCCCCUGGAAAUACCUCAUCAAUGUUUGUGGAAAAGAUUUUCCCAUAAAAACUAACCGAGAGAUAGUCUAAAAGCUCAAGGCAAUGAACGGUUCCAACUUCAUAGAAUCGCUCGUUCCACCCGAAUAUAAAAAGAAUCGAUGGAAAUAUCACUAUGAUGUCCGGGAGACUGUUGUCCGAACUGCUCAGAAGAGGGCCCCUCCUGUCCGCGGCUCCAUGUUUGUCGGCAGCGCAUACGUUCUGGUCACCAGAGAAUUCGUGCACAAUUUAUUCGUGCAACCGGAAAUCCAGGCGUUUUUCAAUUGGUCGAUGGACACCUACAGUCCUGAUGAACACAUCUGGGCGACGCUGCAGAGAAUGCCCGAGAUACCAGGCUCCAUUCCGUACAACCCCACUGACCACGGGAGAAGCUCUGUAGCCCAUACGCGGGCAGUGAAAUGGUCCUUCGAGGCCGGUAAUUUGUCGAGAGGAGCCUUUUAUCCGCCGUGUACGGGGAGGUAUCGGAAUCAAAUCUGUAUUUACGGAUCCGGAGAUCUCCAAUGGAUCAUCCGGCAGAAGCCCCUGUUCGCUAACAAGUGUGACCCUGGAGUGGACAACACGACAGUGCAAUGUAUGGAGGAGUAUAUCCGCCACCGCGCCCUUCGCAGUGCUGAAAGUUUGCUCUAA